AUGCCGAGCCUCUUCUCCCGAAUAAGGGGCAAAGAUAGUCAGGCCAAAAAGUCCAAGAAAGGCGCCAAUCUCGAAAGUCUGGUCCAACAAUUGCCCCCACAACCGCGAUGGGAAGACGCCUACAACCGUACUUCAGUCGAACCCGAGGAAGUCCAGGAACUGAUCAGACGUUGCACUGGCGAGCUCAAGGCGAGGGCUCUCGACCUCCCUUUUCUGCUCCUGCCAUUCCGACCGACCUCUAACCCGAGCGCUGUGCGCACAUUUAUCCGCCACUUCUUCGAUGGCAAUCAGACCAUCCAGGGCGAGGCCCUGGCUCAGGAGUUGCGCCUGACGGAGCCCAUGGUCAUAUCGGGUGUCUUGAAAUGGUGUUGGAGCCGACUCCAGGGCGGUAUUGUGGGAUGGGACGCUUACGAGUUGUUCAAGGUCGGAGAGCAAGACUCGCGCAUGGCCCGCAACUCCUUCACCACUUUCAUACCCCUCAGCGUGGACAGCGAUGCGCGUGCAAAGAUCAUUCACGACUAUUUCGAUCUGCUCUCAGCCGUAGCUGCACACGGCAAGAUGAACGGUUUCGGUGGGCGCAAACUCUCACGCAUGGCGUCAUGGUGGGCUUUCGAGCACAAGGACACCGGCGAGGGUUUUGAGGGCGGCUACAAAUUCUGGCUGAGUGCUGCCGAUGCCACAAGCCACCUGUUCUUUGCCUUCCUGAGGUCGCUGGCGCCACAGCCUACUGCCCGCGGCGGAAUCUCAAUGCUCCCCAUGUCUUUGCAGAAGUUGCUGCAGGAAACCGAAUACCCCCCACAAAAGCCGUCCUUGAUGCAGACGACGACAAAUAAGGUAGUAAUGAUUGUCGACACCGUGUCACCUACGCCAUUUGCGCUCUUGCGGCGCGCCAAUCACUUUGAAUAUCGCGACGAUGACAGGGCGUUACACGAGUUCUCCGAGUACGAGGAUCCGCUCAAGGCUCUGACGGAAGAAUGUCGGAGAGUCCUGAAGGCUAUCUCGCUUGCCAAUCAGUCGCAAGUUUCUAACUCGAAGCAUUCCACCAGCUUACGGGAUGCAUCUUGGUCACGUUUUGAAGAUAUCGGCUUUGCAGGCACAUUGGACGAAGAAUUCGAUGAGGUGGAUUCUUCUAAGGCUAACCAUCAACAGCAAAAUCCUCGAGGUUUGAGGACGACACCAGCGUCUGGUGGCCAGGGCACCGGCCGGCCGACGACGCCAUCAUGGGCUGACUUUUUAUCUUCGGGGUUCGUAGAUGAUGCACCCAACAGUCCUUCACACCUACUUCCUCCCGACAAGGUUCUGCCGCCGAUCGAUGCCAACGUUCGUCAGCGCAGCGCUCAGUCUCAUCGCCCUCGCCUAGAGAACACCCCACAGCUGGAACCCGGCGAAUUGGCGAGUAUUAGUCGCUUCGAUCUUGAUGAUGCGUUUUGGUGGGUGUGGAUGAGCAGUCUCGCCCCGGAAGAAACUGCUGAACGCAAAUCUGCCUUCGGUCGAUGCGCGGUUAUAGAGACGGUGAUUCGCACCGGCAGAUGGCUCGUUAUGGAGGAAAUGGUCAAGGGUGCUGCCCCUGAACCUGAGGCUGGAGCAUAUAUUGCCGAGAAGAAGGGCUUUUUCAGCUGGACGAGACGCAACAAGGGUAUAUCUCGCUCUAAGUCGACGGCGGGGAAGAAUGGUCUGGUCAAGAGCGAUCGCCUCAAGCCCAGCGACGCCAUGGGCGCCGGUCUAAGCAAGACGAGCAUUGGCCCGGACCAGCAGGCUCGUAUACAAGCCGCGGCCCAACAGCUCCAGGCCAAAAGUGAGCACGAAAGACUUCGAAACAACCCCCCGGCACGACGCGGACGAACGGACGAGCAGGUUAUGAAAGAGAAGACAAGCAGUAUCCUUACCUUGCAGCCGGUCAUCAUGAGCGAGGCCUCGCCAGCGAUGAAAUGGGCAAACAAGUACGACAAGGAGGCCAUUCGUGAUCUAUAUCUUGCCAACACAAACACGGGUCGCGGGUUGGGGCAGGCGAGCAUGCAGACAAAUGGACACGGAGAGAGCAACGGGUCCUCGCCCAACGGUACCCAUGGACCUGAAGUUCCUGCUAAGUCGCUGUCUAUACGUUCGCCAACCUUCCAUUCUCAACCACCUAUCGCGUCGGGACCCCCAACACCAGUCAAGGUGCCCCAAGAACCAUCUCCAGAGCCUGCUCCCGUCUUGGAAAAGACAGUCGAAGCCCCGGCAAAUCUUCAACCUGCUAACAGAAUCGAAGCCAGCGGGCGCAACUCUCCCCUACCCCCGCCCGCCCAGCAGAACAGCUUGGAUCUGGCGCGGGAAAACAUGCUGUCGCCAGAACCGCAGACCAGCCACGACGGUAAAAAGCCUAAGAAGCUCCACAAGGAUGAGAAGAAGACGGGAGGCUUCCGAAAGCUGUUUGGCCGCAACAAGAAUCGAGCAUCGAAGCUCCCGGAAAAUGCGGCCAAUGAUGUCAAUGGCAUGCUUGCGCAAGCACCGGCUCCUGUCCCUGAGCAACGACCUCAACCUUUCGCGACGCCCAUGGAGCACGCCGGAGACGUCACUCCAACGCAGCCGCCCCAGACGCCUACUGCGCCCGAGCGUACGUACGAAGCGUCCAUCAACGAAAACGAUUCGCGUAUUGACACGGCCGAUGCCAACGAGGCCAAGCAUGAAUUUUCCCGCUUCGACCAAGGUCCCCUCGACGACCAGCCAGCAUUCGUCCCCACCGAUGAUCAGAGCUAUGAUGAUGCCACUCCGCCCCCCAUCGCUCGACAUGCAAGCAACAACCCAACAGUUGAAACAGUAGAGGAAGAAGGAGCACCUUCGCCCGCGGUACCUUUGCAGGAUCGCUGGGCUCAGAUCAGGAAGAACGCGGCGGACCGUGCGCGCCAAAGUGAAGAACAAAGCCGGGGUGGGAUGAGCAAGACGACUGAUGGUGACGAUGACACCAGUGGCGAAGAGACUAUUGAGUCCCGCGUAGCUCGCAUCAAGGCCCGCGUCGCAGAGUUGACUGGCAAUAUGGAGGGCACACAAUCGCCGGGGAACCGCACGCCGGUGCGCAAACCCCUUCCCUAG